AUGGAUGCUAAACAACAAGUCAAGCUUGCCAAAGUUGUUAAAGUACUUGGUCGUACCGGUUCAAGAGGUGGUGUAACUCAAGUGCGCGUAGAAUUUAUGGACGAUACAAAUCGUUCUAUCAUUCGUAAUGUUAAGGGACCUGUUCGUGAAAAUGAUGUUUUAUGUCUUUUGGAAUCUGAACGUGAAGCAAGACGUCUUCGAUAA